AUGCUAAAGAGUGUGUUCCAGGAUAUUACGAAUAUCUCCUCCAAGCGCAUCAAGCUGACAAUACACAAAUCUUCCCAUCGCAAAAGACUUCUCAGAUGGCUUUAUGAGGUAUGCAGAGACUUCAGGUAUUCCAUCUAUACCUACACCACGGCAGUGCUUAUAAUAGACAAAUAUACCGAAAAAAAUGGCUUUGAGCUGAAGGAGUACCAGCUUAUUGGAAUAUCCUGUCUCUUUCUGGCGGCCAAGAUAGAGGAGUCAAAAACAAAGCGGGUUUUAGAAUACUCAGUGGUAACAGAUGGAGCAUUCACAGCAAAGGAAAUACUAAGGACAGAGUGGUCUAUUUUUGAAUCUCUAGGCCACGAGCUACACUUAAAGCUUCCACAGUACUAUUUCAAUCCUGACUAUUUUAGGACACGCUUUUCAUUUCUUGAGUUUGAGCAUAAGAAAGAGCUGUUGAACUGCUUUAUAGCAGCACAGCUAGAAGUCAGAUCGUACACAAGAAAUGUUUUCCUUCUAUAUCUUGAAUCUAAAAGAGAAAUGGAAGUAUGGCUAGCUGAUGAGUAUAAAACAGUACCUGAAAUGGCAAAAUUUUAUAUAAAAAACAACCCACUUAUUUAUAAUAUCUUAGACAGCAUUCUAAACUUACAGGAUGCAAAACAAAUCAAAUAA